AUGGCGUCUCCGGAGGAAACGAGCUUCAAAAACAUUCUCAUUUCCAUCCGAGAUCGCCCUUCCAUCAUAGACGAGACGAUAACAGUAAAAAAACCAAGAAAAUCCAACUUCCUCAUGCCCAAUUCGCAUACAGACUUGAUUACUCCUCUCGACACGAUUAAACCCAAAAUGGCGUACGUUGACCGAGUCCCCGCCACGUACGUGCCAGGGAAAGCCGUCAAAAUUGUCAGUGAUAGCACUCACCAUUCGUUGAAAGAUGAAAAGGUAAGUUUCAACGAAUCAACAUAUUCGUCACUUGAUAGUUACCUGCAGAAAGAUUCCGAAUAUGAAAUGUAUAGGCGACGGGUUAGCGAGGGCAACGUGGAACAUAACCUCAAUAUAAAAACGGAUACUACCAUUAAAAAACGCUGUUCAUCUACCAUUAGGAAGUUGCGACCGGAAGAAAUGAAGAAAAGUAAGUCGGAAGUCAGUAAAUUGUGCGAUAAAAUGAAAAGUAUUAAGCUAAAAGAUAAGGAAAGUAAGAACUAUAAAACGCGCAGUUGUAACGAUAUAGUAAGGUUGAUUUUGACUAAGCAUGGCAUACAUGUCAUCAGUGACACUGAAGCUAUAGUCUAAAGCCAGAAAAAGAAAAAAAAAAUGGCGUUUAAUAGUUUUUUCAUGGCACUAUGACGUUGGAAGAAUAGUCCGUGCAGCCGAAACUAAAGGUUCUAAGGUCGGUCGGUUACCAAGGCAAAAAAAAGUCGAUGCAUUUGAAAGUUUCGGAUAGAGCUUAGAAAAGCUUAUAACAGAAAUAUAGUAAAUAUAAUCAUUCCAAUUUUAGGCAAUGUUGUAAGUUAUUGCAGUACUUAUGGGAAAUUUUAAUGUCUUUUAGGAAUUGCUAUGAUACCCUCGAGACUGUGUCAAAGAUAAAUUAUAAAAUGCUAAUCUUUAUAUAGAAGUCAGUUUUUUCACUUAUUUUCGAAUUUCAAUAACGAUUAAGUAGCAAUGAGUGUGACAUUUGACAGCUUUUAAUGAUGAUGUCACAGGACAGUACUUUCUUACAAAAACCAUAGAAUUUUCGUUUUGUUAAAAGUAUCUCAUUUGCCAAGUUGUCAAACAGUAGCCUAUUAACAUGUCACCAAAUUGAUAGGUCAGUAUUAUGGUAUAGGAUGUAUUAAACAUAAAAAAUAGGUACAAACAUAGAUUUGUUUAUACUAGUUUAGAUAUGGCAACAUCGCACCAAAGAAAUGUCGAGAGA